UGCCCUCACCACCGGCAGCAGAGACUUGCCACGUUGCCGUAGACAACAAACUACGCCACCGACGGCUGGAGGGUGCACUCUCCGCCGCUCACCGCCGUGAACACAAGGCGAGUCAAAGCUGGAAGGGGACCGGUGUGCUAGGUGUCUGUCAGGUGGAGCCUCCGGACGCUGUAGCGGUGCAAAAUGCUUACUGACAUGAUAGUGGAGGAGGACUUUGAGAAGGGUGAGGAGCCUUGGUAUGACAAGCAGAACCUUGAACACGAUCUCCAUCUGGCAGCAGAGCUGGGUAAGACGCUCCUUGACAGGAACCAUGAGCUGGAGCAGGCACUGCAGCAGAUGUACUCCACUAACCAGGAGCAGCUGCAGGAAAUAGAGUACCUAACCAAGCAGGUGGACCUGCUGCGUCAGAUGAACGACCAGCACGCCAAAGUGUAUGAGCAGCUAGACACGGCAGCCAGGGAUCUGGAGCAGGGCAACCACAGACUGGUGCAAGACAACCGCCUGGCCCAGCACAAGAUUAAUGGUCUGACAGAGACCAUCGAAGGGCUUCAGACCCACAUGGAGGACCUGCAGGCCCAGCUGGAGGAACUCAGGAACGCCCAGGUAGAGCGCAACAAAAGAGAGCUGGCAGAGCAGAAACGCAACCUUGGAGCGCAGAGCAUGUCCUGUCUGAAAGAAGUCCAUGACCUCCACAGUGACAGGUACCUAGCCCAUAAUAGUCUGCGUGUGGACCCGCUGUGGUCACCCCAGGGCUCUUUCUAUGAGCGAGACAGAUGCCCGGACCCGGAGGAGGAGAAUGCGGCUCUCCAGCACUCGAUCCAGACUCUUCAGAGCCAGGUGGCUGCGGAGCGGAGCCGCAGAGAGGCUGUGGAGCAGGAGAUGGAGCUGACAGCCCGGGAGAACAGGGCUCUAGAGCAGCAGCUGGUGCUGCUGGAGGGCUGCCAGGCCAGGCAGAAGGAGCUCGAGGCCGAAGUGGAGGAGCUCCAGCUUCUGUGGCGGGCAGACUGUGCCAACAGUGCCAGAAGGCUGGACCAGCUGUUGCUGCCUGAUACCGUGUUCUUCAGCCAAGAGGAGAAGGCCAUCUCGACACAGAGUGAGGAGGAAAAGAGUGAAAAAGAGGAGGUGGUAGAAGCAGAGCCACGGCGAUACAGCCGCCAGAGGUGUAGCAGUGACAGCUUUGUGAGAGGGAACACAGAGGAGAUUCAGCGUGGACACGACCAGAUGUGUAUUAGACGAACAGAGGCAGUGAAACAGAGGGGCAUCUCUCUGCUCAAUGAGGUGGAUGCACAGUACAGCGCAUUGCAGGUGAAAUAUGAGGAGCUCCUGCAGCGGUGCCAGCAGGCAGCGAACGGGCUCAGCCAUAAAGCCGUUCAGACGCCCAACAGUCCUCAGGUAAACAUCUGGACCCGCCGACGCCGGUCCAGCUCAGCCAUUUUGUCUGACCUGCCAAUGGUUUUGGAAGAGGGCCAGCAGCCAGAGUACAAGUUUCUCUUCAAAGAGAUCUUCACCUGCAUCCAGAAGACCAAAGACGACCUGAGUGACAACAGACGGUCCAAUCAGGGACAUUGAUUAUCAGGAAUCGGCAAGCAGACCAUACCAGUUGUAUUUUUCAUUGGCCUGGGGUAUGAGGUUUGCGCUCCUUUCUUUCUCAUCUGUGAAAGUUUUUGACAACGGAGAAAUUCUGAGCUUGCCUGUCUUUAAAACAUCUGAAAUUCCAGAGGGUGCUGUGCAGAUGCAGUAUGCACGGUAUCUCCCCCUGUGCAUCUCAGAGAUGUUGCAGUUGUCCUGUUAACUUGAAUUAUCAAUGCUUUUGUCAGUGAGCACUUUUCCUAGCUUCCUCUUAUUCCGUCCAUAUCUAUAAGUUGUAAGCGUGGUGCAAAACAUGUUAUAAUGGUCAGUUAAAUUGUGUAAAAUAUGCAUUUCAAAGUCCUCAUUUAUUUGUCAUUUAAAUAUGCAUCAGAUGUUAUCUAAUAAUUCUUACCUUCAGGAAACUUCAGUGUAUGCAGUGACAGAUAUGCAGGGGUUAUUGUUAAGGCAGAAAUGUUAAGUGAGGUUUAUGUACCGCAUGUUCAGCUUACAUAAAGUACAAUUCUGCGUUUCCCUUCAAAUCCACAAGUAUUAUUUCCAUGCACAGCAGUAUUCAGGCCUCUUUAUUUAAUGAUAAACCUGUGAACACAUGAUCAUUUGGUGCUCGGUUUUGGGAGAGAAAAACACAUAGAAUAUUAUUGUUGAAUUAAUGUGUUCAUCCUAGUUGGCGAUAUAGCUCUUGAUUAUGUGUUUCGCAAACAGAAAUGUUGGAGCAGGACUGAAUGGGGUGCUUUGUAAAGUUAAUAGGAUGAAAAAGUGUAGCUGUGUCAUAGCUAAAAACUAAUGUGUUAGUGAAAAUGGGCACAAUGGCUGAAGUGAGUUGGUUUGUGCAAGUCGACAAUAGUCGGUCAAGAGUCUUUAUGACAGGGUUUUUCUGUUUCCCUGUUCAUGAGUAGCUUAGGCUUAGAUGAGUAUUUACAAGUGGCCCUGUGCCAAUGGGACACCUGACAACUCCUCACUUUUUUAUGACUGAAUCACCGCUCCUGAUUUAUUUAUUUUUGCCAGAGCUUUAGAGAUGAUGAGAUGCUAUUUAUUUUCAUAAAAGUAUUUUUUUUUUGUCACUGUAUUCCAGAUCUAUAAUGUGAUUACUGUAGCUGAACACUCAGAGAUUUAUAAGUUAAGAUUGACUGGAAUUGAAAUUUUCCUGAAUGCUGAGGAUUUUUUUUUUUUGCAGUUGUAAAUAUUAUGUGUUAAAUAUAUGAUCGAGGAAAACAAUGAGUCAAGUAAAGAUUACAGAAGACAUGAUUUCUCUUGUUUGCAAAAUGUCCCUGUUUUGCUUCAAACUGUUCCAAGACAAGCUGAAUUGGAAGUUUCAUGUCCUGCACAUAAUCUUGUUUCUUCUUGUUUGUGUGCGGGGGGAAAAAAGCAAGACAAUUGUCAACAACAGGUCUUUGUUCAGUUUAUUGUACAGCUGUACAGUUUUAGUCAGAGAGCAGAAUGGCUGCAACUUAACAUGCAAUAAUUAAGAGGUCUCAGUUGAAUACGGCAGAAAAUUCAAAUUGUGUGCGGGUCCUCCACUGUGAGGGGCUGAAGCUGAGCUGCUAAUUAAAAUGAAAGCCAAACGAUCUCAGAAUGACCUGCCACUUCUUGUAAUUAUGGAGACAGUCUGUUGCUUACUGCAGCGACUCUCAUCCUGGGUCUAGUGCUCCAGUUUUAAUCAACAAUCUAUGUUUUCAGCACAUUUGAAUUACAGGUGAUAUUGCCGUGAUGUUAUUUGACUUGACGUGUGAUAUGCUAAUGAGAGAAAAAGUUAAUGGAUACAUGUAUUAGUAUACAGCGAUAUUCAUAUAGCAGUAUGCUGUUUUGGAGCUGUGCUUACACUGCUGCUGUCUUCUAUGAUGACUAACAUGUUCUUGCUUGCAGUUAACAAGUAAAAACAGUCAUGCAACA